AUGACCGUCGGCCAGCAACCUACCUUCGCACUUGCACCGCCAAGGAAUGGACAUGGUGUCGAAUAUGCGGCAAGCGCUCGGAGACGCGCGGCUUUGGAGGAGAUCGAUAGGCAUCCAUAUGCUUGGUUUCAUGUGAAAACCGUGCUUGUUGCCGGGGUUGGAUUCUUCACUGAUGCUUACGAUGUCUUCGCAAUCUCCAUCGCUGCUACCGUGCUGGGUCUCGUCUAUGCCGACGCGACCACCCUGGGCACCAACGCUGACCUUGGGAUCAAGGUUGCCACGCCAGUGGGCACCUUGCUCCGUAUGCUCUUUUUCGGGUGGCUCGGGGACAAGCUUGGUCGCAAGACGAUGUAUGGAUUUGAACUUAUCAUCAUGGUGAUUGGUACCUUCGGCCAAGCGCUUUCGUCCCAAGGCCCAACCGACGCAGUCACGAUCACCGGUGUCAUUGUCGUCUGGAGAUUUAUCCUCGGAUUGGGUGUGGGAGGAGACGAGCCUCUUUCUGCUACUCUGACUUCUGAGUUUGCUGCAACUCGGAUUCGUGGUCGGAUGAUGACAACCGUUUUCUCCAUGCAAGGUUUUGGCACCUUUGUUGCUGCCCUCGUCUCUGCAACCCUCGUUAGCGCCUACAAGAGCUACAUCCUCAGCUCUGGCGCUGAAGCAGUGGACCGUACCUGGCGCUUAUUGAUCGGCCUUGGCUGCGUGCCUGCCGUGAUCGCCUUGUGGUUCCGACUCACCAUCCCAGAGACACCCCGCUUCACCGCAGAUGUUGAGCGUGACGUCGAGCGCGCGACGCGAGAAAUAGACCAACUGCGGUUCAAUCAGCGUUACAGGCCGGAUCGAAACGCUAUCGUGCGACCUGUCCAGGCUCCAUUGGCCACCCGGUCCGACUUCUUUACCUACUUCGGUCGACCACACAACUUGAAGCUUCUCCUUGGGAUGGCAUGGUCUUGGUUCGCUUUGGAUUUCGCGGUCUAUAGCCUCGGCCUCAAUUCUACCGUCGUGCUAGGUGCCAUUGGCUUCGGAGACCAGACGAAUGACGCGGCAAACUGUCAGGAAACCCUCACCAACGCGUGUAUGUACCAAAUCCUGUUCAACGCCAGCAUAGGGAACAUCAUCCUCUCCCUCAGUGGCCUUAUUCCUGGGUUCGGCUUUUCCUUCUUGCUCAUCGACUGCUGGGGACGCAAGCCGAUCCAGUUGAUGGGUUUUGCAGUCCUCACCGUGAUAUUCGUCUGCAUGGGAUCCGCGUACUGGAAAACGGCGCUGAGCACGAACCAGGCAGCCAAAAGCGCCUUCGUCUUCCUCUAUUGCCUGACCAACUUCUUCCAGAACUUCGAUCCAAACACGACGACGUUUAUCAUUCCCGGUGGGGCGUUCCCGACAAGGUAUCGGAGCACUGCGCACGGGCUAUGCGCGGCCUUCGGCAAGCUAGGCGCCAUCAUUGCCCAAGUCGUGUUUUCCUCCUUGAAGGAUUGGGGAGGAAAGAAUAAUUGGAUCGGCCACAUUUUGCAGAUAAUUGCGCUCUUCAUGCUCACAGGGUUGUUUUCCACUCUCCUGUUGGACGAAACCAAACAAGAAACCCUAGAAAACCUGUCUCACGAAGAAGAGUUCAGCUAUUCCUGGACGCAGGAUGACCUGAACCUACCUCAGCCUGUAGCACUGCACGGCCAGCCGGAGGCCCAGCUUCCGCCACCGGCAAACGGACACGGGCAUCCCGCCAACGGGCACGCUCACCCACCGUUCCCGCCGUUCCCGCCUUAUCACAAUCACCAGGAGGACCAGGCGCCCCCAGAGCCAGGGCAGCCGGCUUCCCCUACUACUGGAGUAGAGGUGCAUAGGACGACGGGGCAUGCUCGGCUUAGGUGAAACGCGUCGGGCGGGUGUUCUGCGCUCAUGGUUUUGUUCAGCUUUUUUUGGGAUUAC